CCAAUAGCUGGGACGCGCUCUGGGAACUAGCCAAGCCGUAUUUGGUAACACUGCAAACGCGUUUCGCGUGAAUUAAUAAUUUAAACUUAUUUUCUGAAAAUAUGGAAUAGCUGGGGAAAGUAAAAAAUAUGUCCAUCAGCAGAGACGAAGUCGCGCGCUUGUGAAAAACACGUUGGCCCAUCGCGACGGUAAUGUGUGGCUGAAAAGGGGAUGUAAUUAUGAUUUAGCAAAAACAACAAGCCCCAAAGUGCUAAUAAAAAUACCAACACACACACACACACACAUACGGGCAAGCAAAAGCCAAUGUGAAAAUUGUAAAUUAAUAAAUGCGCGGCGGUCUGAUAGCAUAUCGAAUUAGCAAAAUAUGCUCGAAUUUCGUGCCAGGGAGCGAUCAAAACUGUGUGUGAAUUGCAACAGAAAAUAAUUUCAAGGUUUGCAGCAGGCGAACAGAAGGCGAAAAGGAAACGCAACCAAAUAAACACAAAGAAGCCGUAACAGUUAAAAAAUAGCAUAAUCUACACUAGAAACAAUCAGAAAACUAACAACGAGAUGAAGUACCCAACUGGAACUACUGAGAAUCCGAUGUCUGCCGGCAUCCCUAACAGUGCAUCCAUAGAGAUGCAGCCAACCACCUCCAGCUCCACAACCACAUCGACGCCCAAGCCGGAGCGUACAGCCACCACAUCAUCCCCCCCAGCCACCACGACGACGGAUAAUAAUCCUAAUCCCAAUGCCAGCCAGGCGUCAAAUGCACUGUUCUGCGAGCAGGUGACCACAGUUACCAAUCUCUUCGAGAAAUGGAACGACUGCGAGCGAACAGUUGUGAUGUACGCCCUGCUGAAGCGGCUGCGCUAUCCGAGCUUAAAGUUCCUCCAGUAUUCGAUCGACAGCACCCUGACCCAGAACCUGGGCACCUCGCAGACGAACCUGAGCAGCGUCGUCAUCGACAUCAAUGCCAACAAUCCGGUGUACCUGCAGAAUCUGCUCAACGCGUACAAGACCUUCCAGCCGUGCGACCUGCUCGACGCCAUGUCCUCCUCCUCCUCCGACAAGGACUCGAUGCCUUGCUAUGGCAGCGACUUCCAGAUCACCACCUCGGCCCAGUGCGACGAGCGGAAGCUGUUCGCCCGCAAGGAGGACAUCCUGAACGAGGUGCUGAACAUGCUGCCGCUGCUGAAGCCCGGAAACGAGGAGGCGAAGGUCAUCUACCUGACCCUGAUACCGGUGGCCGUCAAGGACACCAUGCAGCAGAUUGUGCCCACAGAGCUGGUGCAGCAGAUCUUCUCCUAUCUGCUCAUACAUCCGGCGAUCUCCAGCGAGGACAGGCGGUCGCUGAACAUCUGGCUGCGCCACCUGGAGGAUCACAUCCAAGCGGCGGCGGCGGGCCUGACCAAUCGCAGCUACUUCCUGCAGCCCUCGCCGCAACUGGUGGUCGGCGGCAGCUCCACCGGCAGUGGCAGUUGCUCCUCCUCCUCGGCGACCAGCUCCUCGACGGCCUCGUGCUCGUCGGUGACCUCCGGCAGCCGUUCCUCGCGCACCAACGACUGGCAGACCAUUGCGCCGCCCAGCAAACACCUGCAGCACAAGCUGUCGGAUUGGAGGGGCUCCGGUUCCAGCGGAUCCAUCAAUCCACUCUGUGAUAAUCUAAAUGGUAUUACCCGGAACGAAUUAGCUUCUAGUCAGACCCAGAACAGCCUCGGCCUCACCCUGGACAGCACCUCCUCUUUGGUGAACGGCGUGGUGGCUGGCGCGGCGGCGGGCUCCAUGCUGGGCAUCGCUGGCGGCGGCCACAGCGGCGACGACCACGACACGUCAUUCAGCAAGAAUGGCACGGAAAUACUCGACUUCGAUCCCACGACGGCCGACGUUGGCGAGGCCUGCAGCCUGGCCAGCAGCAGCAAUCUCUGCGGAGCUCCCGACACCAAUCCUCAGCAGCAACUGCUCCAACCGCCGCCCUACGCAUCCAUUCUGAUGGGCGACCAGUUCGGGGACAUCAACAGGUGGAGCCUGGACAGCAAGAUUGCCGCUCUGAAGACGCGCCGCUCCAACAGCCUCACCACCCAAACGAUCUCCAGCUGCUCCAGUUCGUCCAACUCCUCGGUGAUCACGGUGAACGACAACUGUUCCAAUUCCACGGAGAACCUGGCCCAGUUCGCCAACAAGCCGAGGAGCUUCUCCCUUUCCAUCGAGCACCAGCGCGGCGUUCUGGCCAACAGCGGAUCGGACACCCGCUUGGACGAGUUCAAGCCGAACUACAUCCGCUUUCACACCCGGAACGUGGGCAUGUCGGGCAUCGGCCUCUGGCUGAAGUCGCUGCGCCUCCACAAGUACAUCGAGCUGUUCAAGAACAUGACCUACGAGGAGAUGCUCCUGAUCACCGAGGACUUCCUGCAGAGCGUUGGUGUCACGAAGGGCGCCUCCCACAAGCUGGCUCUGUGCAUCGAAAAGCUGAAGGAGCGUGCCAACAUCCUCAAGCGCGUCGAACAGGAUCUGGUCACCGGCCAGAUGAAGCUCAGCACCGCCGUCGAGGAGCUAACGAACAUAGUGCUGACGCCGAUGAAGCCGCUGGAUGCGUUGGGGCCGCCGGAGGAGAACAUUGGGCUGCGAUUCCUCAAGGUGAUUGACAUUGUGAGCAACACCUUGCAGCAGGAUCCCUACGCCGCCCAGGACGACGAGACUCUGGGGGUGUUCAUGUGGAUACUGGACCGCUCCAUUCACAACGAGGCGUUCAUGAACCACGCCAACCAGCUGAAGGAGCUCAAGUUCAAGCUGUCGAAGCUGAAGAGCUCGCUGCCGAAGCUGCACCACGUGAAGGCCGCCGGCGGAGGCGUCAACGGAGGCAACAUCAACAAGCCAAGAUGGAACGGCAAGACGCGCAAGUGCGACACGAAGAACGGCAGCAACGACCGGAUCAACAACCGGAAGAACUCCAACGACAUGCUGAACUUCUCGCUCAACUGCCUGCAGCAUCCACAGCUGCCGCACCAUCCGCAGCAGGGCCCGCCGCCUCCACUGCCGCUGCCCCAGUUCGACUACAACGGGUAUAACAGUGGUCCGUCGCACCAGCCGCAGUACAAGAGCUCCUCGUACCCCAGCUUCAUGGGCAAUCCCCAGCAGCAACAGCAACAGCAGCAGCAACCUCAGCCGCCCAAGUCCCAUCACCAUGGCCAGCAGCAGCAGCAGAUGCAACAGAUGCUGCAGCAACACAAUCACUUCCCGGCCCUGCCCCAGCAGACACCGCCGCAGCAGGCCCAGCCGCACCGCCGCUCGCUGAACAAUCUCAUCCUCGUGGCCGGCGGACCUCAGCAGCCACAGCAGCUGAUCUUCAAGCCCGGCCAGGGAGUCCUCACCAACAACGGAUCAAACGACAACCUACUGACCCAGCAGCAGCAGCCGAGGAAACUCAGCGGGGGAGUGGCCAGCUCCGAGCAGCAACCAAAGAAGACCAUGGCGGCCGUGGUGAUGGAAAAUUUGGCCAAAUUCGAUCAACAUUUCACGCUGUUCUAAUUCUAAAACCAUCAACCAUUAAACCAACCAAUCAACCAAGGAGCCACCAGGAGCGACGACGACGGAAAAGGUUUAUCUAGUAAAAAAAAAAUUAGAAAUGAACUCUGCAUCGUGACCAUGAGACUGACUAAGAUUACUUUUCGCAACUAUUAAAAACUAGAAGGAAAGAAAGAAGGAUAGCUUGGAACUUGGAGAGAAGAGUUGUUUGCGCGAAUCAAAAAAAUACUUGCUUGCUGAAUGAAGUAGUAGAAGUCACAUAAUGGAUAUGUUUAUAUACACGUACACAUAAUUUAUUUUAAAUUAGAGGGAACAUGAUUGCUGAACCGAAACUAGACUAAACUUUAAACGGAAAAAGAGUUUCAAUGUUUCACUGUUUGUGCUGGAUCAGAUCGGAGGAGCCACACAUCCACAUAACAUAACAUUAUUGUAUUUUGUAUAAGUAAGGGGAGAAGCCAGAUAAUGGCUACAUCUGGACGAUAUCUGACUCAUAAUCACGAUUACUAGAAUAUCAACUAUUUAAUGCUAUGUUUUCGCUUUAGUCAAUUGUUUAUUAUGUAAAAAAUGGCAAGCCAAUCACUCGAUUAUGUUAUUAUUUGAUUGUUUUAAAACAAAAACUAAAUGAAAAAUUAUAUAUAUAUAUUUAUAUAAACGAAUGAAUGUCGCAUACUAGGCUUAAGUUCAAAGAAACGACGACGGCAAAGCUGGACAGCAAAAAAAAACGAGAAGGCAGCCAAAAAAUUAUUACCAUAAGAACGUAACAAAAUGUCUAGCUUAAUUUAAAUGUAAAAAAUCUAAAAAACAAAACUAAAAUCGAACAAACUGCAUGUGUAAAUCUUGCUUAGAAAUGUUUUGUUUCUUAAUUUCUUGUCAAAAAAAAAAAACAAACAAACAAAAACCUCUGUUAAUAAUUGCAAAAUUGUAAAUUGCUAAUAAUGCUUUUAAUUUAUGAAUAAAACAACCCAUUGUACGGCCAGUUGGGAUAAAGAAAUAUGUUAGUCCUCCAAUCAGGAUAGUCAGUUGAGAACCGAACGUGUAUGAUGUACCUUCUCCUCCUAAAAAACCUAUUUAUUUUCAAUAAAUUAUUUCGAGAAUUAAAAAUA